AUGGCUGGCGUAUUCAGCCACGCGAGGGCCUGUUUGCUCAGCGGCGACAACAUGCUCCAGAUAUUGAGCAAUGGCCCCGCUUUUCCUCACCCUGCUCUCCUGUCACCUCUGGCUGAGGAAGAGCCCUCCUCCUCCUUCACCACGAACAGACCCCUCUCUUUCAUGCCAGCCUCUUGUUCCUGUCACUGGCCUGGUUGCCAUCCUUCCAACCUCUUCUCAUCGGCUGGCUUCUCCGUCGACCAGGGCCGCCUGUCGAGGAGUCCCGGCUGCUCGUGGUCCGUCCUGGAGGCCGCUCAGAUGUA